AUGGCUAAUCUCGUCGUUGAAUAUGUUGAAGAAUCUGCCUUUCAACAGUUUACCCACAACAUCAAGUUCUACCGACGGUAUGUCGACGACACUUUCGUAAUCCUAAAUCGCAACCUCCUAGACGAAUUCCAUUCGACCCUGAACAGCAUUGAACCGCCUAUUCAGUUCACUUACGAACUUGAACAGGAGAAGCGGCUCCCCUUCCUGGACGUGUCCGUACCCAGGCUCACCACCCGCCUGAUUCAAACUUCCGUCUACCGCAAGCCCUGUGAUACUGGUAACUUCCUAAAUUUCGAAUCCUACCAUCCGACUGAACACAAAAGCAGUGUAGUGAGAACCCUGCUUCAGCGCUGUGAAGAUUUCGCCUCUUGCCCGGAACAACGUACGUCCGAGGAGAUGACAAUCAAGGAGUCACUCAUGGAACGAGGAUACCCGCUACGUUUCUUUGAGAACACACGAAAACGCAUGCACGAACCAAGGACCCGAAGGAAAGACGAUUUCCGACGCGGCAUCGUCACCAUCCCAUAUGUCAACGGUGUAUCAGAGUCAGGGAUGGGCAUAAAUACACUUUUCGGAUAUUGA